UGACCUCUCUGCAGCUGGUCAGACUGAAGUUUGGGGACUGACAACAUGCGUUCCAGUGUGGAUCUACCACCGAGCCGUCUUGGCAGAGGAGGAGCUGGCAUCAAUAACCAUAACCAUAACCAUAUCAACAGAGAAAACACUGGAAACUCAGGUUCCCAGUAUGCUCUCUGUGCUCUCGGUGUUGGGCUCAUCGCCCUCGGAGUAGUGAUGAUUGUGUGGAGCGUCGUACCCGCAGACCCAUCCAGUAAUAACAGCAGUAGCUCAGGAGAGGACAGUAACACUGGGAGCAGGAAAAAUAAAGCCUCGUCUGUGGCCUUCGUCUUGGUGGGUUCUGGGGUGGUCAUGCUGCUGUUGUCCUUGUGUGUGGGAAUGAGGAACAAACAGCGAGAGCAGCGGAGUCUCCAGGAGGCCCAGAACAACAGAGGAGUGGCAGAUACAGAGCAAGAGGAGAGAGAAACUGCUGAGGAACAAGCCCAGAGGUAUGCUGUACCCACCUAUGAAGAGGCCGUGGACAGUGACAAGUACCCCGUUCGUCAGAGCAACCAUUGCCCAAGCUCCUCGAAUCUACCUUCCUAUGACGACCUGGUUGAAGUCGAUGGAGUGCAGUAUGAACACGAGGGAUCGGAGGUCAUAAAUACUGGAUUGCAGCCACCUGCCCCGGCUUCCAGUUUUCCCUCUGCUGCCACCUCCGCAUCAAACCGCAGAGCCGGUAAAACUAGCCGCAAUUUCCUCCCCAUCAAGAUCCGCAGGAUUAAAUCAGAGAAGCUGCACAUGAAAACCAUUGAUAACUCUCAGCCAGCAGCUGGAAUCAGUAUAGAGCCACUGACUCCACCCCCGCAGUAUGAAGACAAAGUGCCUCCAAUUUAAGAUCAAGUUGAUCAUGUUUAAAACAAUCUACUGAACUUCCUGGAAUCUGCAAUGAUCAACUUCUGUGGAUGUAGAUCUGCCUCGACCAGCCAAGGCUUGAAAACGGCUCUUAUUACUCAGUGGCACUUUUUAAAUGUAUCAGUCAACCUCUGUCAUGAAUGCCACAUCACUCCAAAGUAAAUAACAGAAUAAAACUUUAUUUUUGAAAAUUUUGGAAUCUCUGAAACAGCUUCAGACACUUGGGGAUGAACAUAGGUGCUGGAUCAUUUUUGGGCACGCUGGAUUCAAAGCAAAGCAGCCACCAAAUGGAUGAAGUGGGCAGUGUUGAACGAUAAGAUGACCACUGCCAGCAGUUUACCCUCAUUAUCAUCAGUAUUUGUACAUUUCAUUACAGUACUCAUGGUCCACUGGAGCUUUGCAGAAAAUGACAUGUUUUAACUGGUGUUAAAGAGAAUCUACUGUCCUUUAUACAGAUCUGCAGUCCUGCCCGUCGUCCAUAUUAGUUUCUAUUUAGUUUGCCUUUGGUUCAGUCUCCUCUGUGUGUCUGCCUAAAAACCUUAAACGCAUUAAUUGGGUUUUUUAAAUAAAUAUUGAUAUAUCGUAUCAGCCAAAACCAUAUCAGUAAUUUGUAUUUUUAGUUAAGAUACUACAAGGCUUGUUUAGUGUUUAUCAGCUACAUUAAAAAAGAAAAUUGCAGAACCAUCUUAAAAGAAAUAACUCAAUUAGUAGAGAAAGAAGAACUUUUCUCUAUAGAAACACAUGUUAAAAACCAGCAGCACAUGAUCGGGCCAGAACUUGUGAAACGAAAGCUAGCUUAAUAACAGUGAAGGAGUUCAUGUGUUAAUGAGGUAGUUGGUAUAAAGGAUCUUGAUAAGGUUUAAAAUUCUAUGCAUUAAUGAUUUUAGUGUUAUAUUUUAUUAUGAUUGACACCAUAAAUUAGUACUUCCUUUUGAGAAGUCGAGGGCACAAAGAUGCCUAAAGAAACUUUGCCCUGAGUUUAUCGAUGUAUCGUGGCUAAUGAGAUAGCAAGCUGUUGCUGAACUAAACAACUCGAAACUACUGAAUUAAUAAGCAUUCCAUUGGAGUGUAACUGGAAAGUUGCAAGUACAAACACAUUUAAAAAGCUUUUUCAGCCAUGGUUUAGUCGAUAUGCUUCUAUUAGACUCAAACAUACAUGCUACAUAUGCAAAGACGGUUGGUUGGAUAAGUAUGAAACUAAAGGCCAUUCAGGAUAAAGAAUUAGCUGGUGUCUUGGCUGUUAUUUGAAAUAUCCACGAUGAACUGUAUUCAAUGAUUUAUAUUUAUAUUUACCCUCACAUCAAUGGUCACCAAUAAGUUGUCAUUUUAUAGGAAUAGAAAGAAACCAUUUCCAGUAGCUUGUGUCAUUUCAUGGUGUCUGUAGUAGGGGCGUAGUGGUUAAUGCUAACGAGGGUUGGGCAAUAACAUAAAAUCAUUACUGCAUUAUCAUAUUUAUCUAUCCAUACAAUAAAAGUCCAAUAUAUAUAAAAAUAUUGCUUACACAUGUGCAAACAGUAAUUGAUGUACCUCAGUGUUUGAGAGUUCAAACCCACAACCUCAGGAGCAAAAUGAGUCUUAAUAGAAAUAAUAAUUUCACAUUUAUCUCAAUAAUUAUCAAUAUUGACCGACAUUAAUAUUUUUAAUUGGAUAGAAUUGUUCAUAUGUACAGAUACAUGUCUUUGUGUUCACAGCAAUACUGUUGUUCCUCCUAAAGCAUUUCAUAAGACUUAUAGUGUGACUGAACUUGGGCUGUAAAGUGGCUCUUCCACUAUAGAGAAGGAAGUGUGUGUGAGAGCACGAUAGAAGCAGCUUGUGAAUGUGAGAGCCGCUGGCUGUAGCCGUGGUGAAUGCUGUUGAGCUGUGAAGGCAGCAGCGUAGCCUUUAGCUGCAUCUCUCUGGGGCGUGUUCUUGUUCUUACUGGAGAUGACCAACAGAAAAGACUCUUUGACUGUGCAGCUGCGCCAUAAUAACAGCAGCUAUUACUCACUCUCUUGUUCAUCACAUUCCCCCGGCCACAGCUCAACCCGCAGCUCAGCUCGAGAGAGAGAGACAGCUCGAGAGAGAGAGAGGAACAGUUUUGAGUUCCGUCAUCGCAGAAAGCUUUAUCAAUACUUCAACAAGCUCUUCUUUCUCCUUCAGGUUAGACAACUGAGGCCAAAUUGAAUGAUUUACUUUCAUUCAUUAAAAUGUUUAAAAAUUGGUGAAGCUGCACAAGACAUCAUCCCCCCCAGUUGCACAUUUGAAGUAAAACUCGCUGUAAUUUAUGCAGAAAAUCUGCCAUUCAUUGUUAGCUGGUUAUAUCACACUGUAUAUUACCAGGUUUUUACGAGGUCACUGAGUCACCUGAGGUUUAUCAUUGAGACACAGCCACAUGUCCUUAUCUGUCUCAUGUUAUGAAACUCGUCACACUGUGUGUUAAUUCUCGAUGUGUCGUCAUGUUCAGUACUGCAGACAGACUCAUUGUACCUCAGGACCAGAAACUGCACAACUGGUUACAUUGUGUCACACUCAUAAUGUUUUACUAUGAAUGACAGUGUUUUGAUUUACCAGUUUUAUUUAGACAAGUGCCCAAAACACUCAUUUGUUGUCCGUUUCAUUUUUUUAUCACUUAAAAUAUAUAUUACUUUUUUAUAUGUGCUGUGAAAAUAUACUUUUCUAUGAUUCCUUUUAUUUGUCGUUUUCCUCCUGACGAGCAACAACAAAUUUAUCUCAUGGAUAUUUUAUGAGAAAUAAAGAAAGUGUUUGUUAAUUACUCCUGUGUAUAAGAAGUGUGUUUGCCAUGGUUAUUGAAUCAUUGUAAUGUCUGCCCACAUGCAUGGAUAUUACUAAUAGGGAUUGUUCACCCAAAAAUGAUAAUUCAUUCAUUAUCUACUCACCACUCUGCUGAU